AUGGCUGAAACUCCUAUGCUUACAAGCAAAACAUUCAAGGCCACCAUCUACCUCUUAUUCUUGUCCAUCAUCUUCACUUGUGCCAAUUCAGCAAGAGUCCUUGAUGAGGUGGAAGCACAACCUCAAGUUGUUGGUGACAUACCUCAGCCAUUGAACCCCACAGCUACAAUUGUCCCUCCUAACACUUUGCCAAGUGGCCAAGUCCCUGCUGUCACCCCAAGUGGCCCGGACGAUGAUAAUGCUGAUCCACCACUCCCUGAAGCUCCAGCCGCCGUGGCACCUCCUGCUGCUGAUGAGGAACCACUAGCUACUCCUGCAGCACCUAUUGUUGGUGUGGCACCAAUAGCUAGUAGCACUGCCACAUCAGUGACAACUGGGCCAGGAGCGGCAGUGGCCACAAGUGCCACAGCGGCAAAACCUGGUCUAAAUGAUCCUGUAUUGUCCUUUUUUAUGCAUGACAUCUUAGGUGGAUCCCACCCAUCAGCCAGGGUGGUAACUGGUAUCAUUGCCAACUCAGAAAUCAGUGGCAUCCCUUUCUCCAAGACCAACAAUGAUCUUUUCCCAAUCCAAGGAGCAGCCCCACUCCUAAAUGGUAACAACAUAAACAAUCUCAAAAACAUUAACAACCUCAUUAACUCGAACAACGUCCCUUUCCUAACAGGCCUAACUGGUGCCCAAACUAAUGCUAUUCUACAAAACACUGGUGACAACAACAAUGUUCUCAAUGGCAACAACCAACCUUUUGUCACAGCUGGACAGCUCCCACCUGGCUCUCUUCAAAGACUCAUGUUUGGCUCCAUAACUGUCAUAGACGAUGAAUUAACUGAAGCCCAUGAGUUGGGGUCAGCUGUACUAGGCAAAGCGCAAGGGUUUUACUUGGCUAGCUCUUUGGAUGGUACUAGCCAAACCAUUGCUUUGACUGUUCUAUUGCAUGGCAGUGAACAUGGUCAUGAACUUGAGGAUACCAUUAGUUUCUUUGGUGUUCAUAGGACCGUGUCGCUGGAGUCACAGAUUGCAGUGGUUGGUGGAACUGGGAAGUAUGAGAAUGCUAGAGGGUAUGCCACGGUUGAGACUCUUCACCAGGAGGAUCAGCACAUAACAGAUGGUGUGGAUACAAUCCUACAUUUCAAUGUUUACCUCACUGACUGA